AUGGGUAAGUAUCUUCCAAAAGAGAUCCUUACAGGCAUUUUAUCUCGCUUACCUAAUGAGUCACUCUGGCAAUGCAAGUUGGUAUGCAAACUUUGGCGAGAUAUCAUAGUUUAUGAUCCAUCUUUCAGUCAUAUGCAUAUACAACAUCGUCAUACUCAAAAUGAUUGUGAUUCUUCUGGGAAGGUAAGUUUUAUUUUUGAAAUACCUACAAAGGAAAACAAUGUAAAAGGAUUUUACUAUGCUGAAUUUGAUAAAACUAAUGAGAAACUUCUUAGAGUUACCGAUGUUGAUUUAACAUAUAGAGACGAAAUUAAUGGUACAAUUGAUUAUGAUACCUUGUUAUUACAUACAACGUGGGCAUGGGAUGCAUCAUCUCAGUGGCUAACAUCAGUUUCCCCACAAAUAAUGAAAGCAUAUGAAGAAAUUGUUGGUUCAUGUAAUGGUUUAGUUUGCAUGACUAUAUCUUACUAUACUGGCUAUGAAUUAUUCUAUAAAGCUUUGUCCGUAUGUAUUCCAAUGACAAGAGAAUGUGUUGUUCUUCCAAGGAUAAUUGGUGAAUAUUAUGAUCAGGUUUGUGAGCGUGAUCUUAUUGAUGGGUUCGGUUACAGUCCUUCGACGAAUGAGUACAAGGUUGUUAGGAUUCGCAAUAGUGAGGUCUAUGUGUACACCCUCGGUGAUGGAAAGGGGUGGAGAAACAUUGGAACAAAAGAAUACAAAUCUGCCAUAGGGGAGCAUAUACAUGGAGCUUAUAACAGGCUGGACAAAGAUCGGAAUUUAGUGUCGUUUGAUUUAGAAGAUGAAAAAUUUGGAGUGCUUCCAUCACCACCUUGUUUCCGUAAUUGGGAUAAAUAUUCCUCUUCCUAUCAACUAAGAGAAGAUGGAGAAUAUUUAAGCAUAGUCCAUUGGAACCAAAAAGAUGGUGUCUAUGACGUAUGGUUACUGAAGAAGAAGGAAUUGGAUGACUACGAAACAAAUAAGGAUGAGCUAGACUACCAAUCAUGGAGUUGGAUAAAAGAAUAUACUCUUUCUGAUGACUCGCAGCAGGGAAAAUCCAAUCCAUUUGCAAUAACGAUGGAUAAUGAAAUUCUAUUCCAUGAUGAUAGGUUUUUCUAUCGACAUGACCUGAAUAAUAGAAUAUCAUACCCUCUUCUGGGUUUUAAAAAGAACUCCCCUCAUUAUAUUUAUAGAGCAGUACGUCAUGUCAAUAGUUUUGUUUCAUUGAAGGCUUUAGGAGAAAAAGAUACAACAACGAUGAUCGAAAAUAUUGUUGAAUGUGUUGUGCUUCCAGAGAUAAUUGUUCAAAUAGAUGAUGAUGAUGAUGAUGAUGAACCAUAUUCUAACGAUAAUGAUGUUGGGGGAGGAAAGGGGGGAAAUAUUUUAAAAUAUGUUGACGAUAAAGAUGUUGAGAAAUGGGGAGGUUGCUGA